AAUGUGAACGUUACAAGCUUUCAAAUUUAAAACAAGCCGCCGAUAGAAGUAAAAUUGGUUGCACCCAUCGUCAUAAAAAAUGAGAGAAGAAAACGACCACCAGCCAUUACCACCGCAGUCGCUGCCAGAAGAGCUCUUGCAAGAGCUCCGAUUAAAGGCCAAUGAGCUUCUCCUCCGCGAAGAAUGGCAAGAGUCCGUACAACUCUAUACUCAGUUCAUCAACCUUUGCCAAAACCAUAUAUCCAUAACAUUCCCAAACCCGGAUCACCUUACCAAGCUUCAAAAAUCCAUCUGCUUAGCCCUAUCUAACCGGGCCGAAGCGCAGUUGAGGCUUAAAGAUUUCACUCAAGCACUCAAAGAUUGCGAUCAAGCAUUAAAAAUUGAUCAUACCCAUUUCAAGUCUCUUGUCUGCAAAGGCAAAAUUCUGCUUUCUUUGAAUAGGUACUCUACGGCUUUAGAUUGCUUCAAAACAUCUCUUCUUGAUCCACAGGCCAUUGGAAAUCUUGAAACCCUAAAUGGGUAUUUAGAGAAAUGCAAGAAACUUGAGUUUCAAUCAAGAACCGGAUCUUUUGACCUCUCCGAUUGGGUUCUAAGUGGGUUUUCCGGCAAGUCACCGGAUCUUGCUGAAUAUAUUGGCUUUGUGCAGAUUAAGAAGUCUGAGCUUAGUGGAAGAGGCUUAUUUGCUACAAAGAAUAUCGAUGCAGGGGCUUUAGUGUUGGUGAACAAAGCAAUUGCUACAGAAAGAGGCAUAUUAUCAAACAAAGAUUCAGGUGAGAAUGCUCAAUUGGUAAUGUGGAAAAAUUUCGUUGAUGAAGUAAUAGAAUCUACCAAAAGGUGUAAAAGAAUCCAAGAUUUGGUGAGCGUAUUAUCAAUUGGUGAACAAGAAGACAAGCUUGAAGUUCCUGAAAUUAGUCUCUUCAGGCCUCAAGUAGAGGAGAGUGAACAAUCGACAGAGGAGCUUGACAUGGUUAAAAUGAUGAGCAUAUUGGAUGUGAAUUCUCUUGUCGAAAAUUCAAUUUUGGGCAAGAACAAAGAUUAUUAUGGUGUGGGAUUGUGGGUAUUAGCUUCAUUUAUCAAUCAUUCAUGUAACCCUAAUGCGAGACGGUUGCAUGUAGGGGAUUAUAUAUUAGUACAUGCUUCAAGAGAUGUAAAGGCAGGUGAAGAGAUCACAUUUGCAUAUUUUGAUGUGCUUUUGCCAUUGGAGAAGAGAAGAGAAAUGUCAAAGACAUGGGGUUUUCAAUGUCAAUGCAAAAGAUGCAAGAUUGAAGAACAAGUGCUUUGUUCUAAGCAAGAAAUACAGGAAAUUGAAAUGGGAUUAGAAAGAGGGCUAGAUUUAGGUGGUGCAAUUUAUAGGUUAGAGGAAGGUAUGAAAAGGUGGAUGGUGAGAGGGAAAGAGAGAGGAUAUUUUAGGGCAUCACUUUGGGCCUCAUAUUGUGAUGCAUAUAGUUCAGAGAAGGUGGUGAAGAAGUGGGGAGGGCGGCUUCCUGCAGUUGAUGUGGUGGUGGAUAGUGUUGCAGAAGCAAUAGGAAGUGAUGAGAGGGUAGUGAAAGUUUUGAUUGAAGGAUUGAAGAGAAACGGUAAUGUGGUGGAGAUGGAGAGAUUAAUGAGAUUGGGGAGAGGAAUAUAUGGAAAAGUUGUAAAGAAACAAGCAUUGAGGCACCUUCUUGAUGGAAUUCAUGGUUAAGCUAUUAAGCUAAUAGCUAUUCCAAGAAAAUGUUUUUAUUUAUUUUUUUUUUUUUUUUGGUUACUCUUCAUCUUGUAUGAAUAUAUAAUUGCUCUACUCAUUCCAAAUUUCCGAGGUA